CUUUAAAAUAACUAACUACACACAAACAUUUGAAACUUCAAUAAUACAUGUUUACUGAUAUUCCUUAUGUAUGUUAUUUAGUUUUCGUAACUAAAAUAAUUUGGAACAUUAAUUUAAGUAAUCUUAGAAAUAUUACGCAUUUAAUACAGAACAUUAAUCUUACCGGAGUUAAAUUAAAGAGACAUGAAUUCUUUUCGAUCUGAAGCAAUUGAGUCUCUUAUUGAUUGGAGUACUCCAGAGACAAAUAAAAACAAAAAUGUUGAGGAACAAAGCUUUAAUAACAAUCCAUUUGAUAUUAUGGAAAUGAAGGCAGCUUUAAUGGAUCCUUUUGAUAUAGUUUCUGAUAAUUUGUCUACAAGAAUAGAACCACCAUGUGGAAAUAUUUUAAGUCCAAUGUGGGAACCUCAAGUAAGACAUAUUAAAAAAAGUGUGUCUAUGACUGGAAUUGAUGAUAUAGAACAUAAUAAUAUAGAUAUUAAUGAAAAACAAACAUUUAAAUUUGAAAAUGAUAAUGAAACAAAAGAAAUAGACAAAGAAAACUGUCUAUCAUCAAGUUGUAAUGAUCUUAAUCAAUUAGGAAUUCCAAACAAUGAAGAAGAGAUAAAAUUGCUCAAAGAAAAAACACAACAAAGAAUAAAAAUGCUUAUAGAAAACAGUAAAAAAUUAUCUAGAGAAAAACAUGAACACAACUCUUUUAUGUACACUCCCCAAAAUAAAAAAAAAUCUGAUACAAGUUUAAAUAUAACUGAUAGUUUUUUAAAUAAAGCAUUUCGACAAAACUCAUUAGAGGGGAGCUCUACAAACUUUUCAGUUUCUAUUUCGUAUAAAAAUUUAAAUGAAAUGUUGGAUAUCAAUGAUAAUAGUACAUCAGGUUUAACCUUAGGUGAUCAUGUAUAUAAUUCAUUCGAUCUAAACUCUCUUAAACCAGAGUGGAUAAUUGAUAAUUUUAGUGAUAAUGAUGCAUCUCUUGGAUCACAUGAUAUUCAAAAAGAUACCGUUCUGUUUGACAAACAUAAAAUUAAUGAUUGUAUUGACACAAAAAUAAAAGCACUUGAUCAUAUAGGAAUAGUUAAUACUAAAUUAACUGGUAGUCGAACAAUUGUAAAGUCGUUAAAACCUAAUAAAAUUAAUAUCAAAGGACCUCUUGUUGCUCAUAUACCAGUUAAGGACAUGAUUCAGAAUAUGUCUUUAAGUAAUAGUGAUAAAGAAAAUACUUCAUUUGUUAGUCCACCUGUUCAAAUAAAACCAGUUGCUUCGUCGACACCCACAAUUGCUGGUACUAUAUCUAAAGAUUCAUCAAAUAAUACAUUUGUGAAGAUCAAAAGUUUACGUAAAUCUCUGCCAAGUCCAAACACAUCAUUAAAUAUAAAAGAAAAGGAUGCAAGGACUACUCCCCUAGGAAAACAAAUAAUUAGAAUGAGCACUCCAAAUAAUACUCAAUUAAAAAAUAUUACUAAAACUUUGUUGAAAAAUUCUAAGCAAAAUGAUUCUGAUCUUAAAAAAACAGCAAAUUUUGGUAAAUCUAAAGUAUUUCCGGUAUACAAACGUUUUGUUUAUAAAGGAAAAGAAAACGUGAAACCAUAAUUACCUUUUCACCAAUUGAAAAUGUGAUAGUUUUAAUAAACUUAUUUUUUAUUACUUUAACUUUUAUAUAACUUAGAAUAAUUUUUAAUAGUUAAAACUGGUUUUAUUAUACUUAAUUAAGUGUUUUUUUUUCAAAUAAAAUAUAUUUUUUUCAAUA